AUCGCCCCCAUUCCCCUCCCAUCUCCCGGCCAGCGCGGCGCCGCAAUCUCCUCCUCAGCAGUCUGGGCUGCGAGCUCCGGGUGCUGUGGCCUGGCCCUGGCGGGGCGGCCUGCGCCUCUGGCUGGCUGCGAGGCUCCGGCUGCAGCGUCCCUGCCCGCCUCCUCUCGAGCUCUGAUCUCAGCUGACAGUGCCCUCGGGAAGGAACCAGCCUCACAGGACAAAAUUAGAAGAGCAAAAUGGAAAAUAUGCUACUUUGGUUGAUAUUUUUCACCCCUGGGUGGACCCUCAUUGCUGGAUCUGAAAUGGAACAGGAUUUCAUAUGGCACUUGAGAAGGGUACCCCGGAUUGUCAGCGAGAGGACUUUCCACCUCACCAGCCCCGCAUUUCAGGCGGAUGCUAAGAUGAUGGUAAAUACAGUGUGUGGCAUCGAAUGCCAGAAAGAACUGCCAACUCCCAGCCUUUCUGAAUUGGAGAAUUACCUUUCCUAUGAGACUGUCUUUGAGAACGGCACCCGAACCUUAACCAGGGUGAAAGUUCAAGAUUUGGUCCUUGAGCCGACUCAAAAUAUCACCACAAAGGGGGCAUCUGUUAGGAGAAAGAGACAGGUGUAUGGCACCGACAGCAGGUUCAGCAUCUUGGACAAAAGGUUCUUAACCAAUUUCCCUUUCAGCACAGCCGUGAAGCUGUCCACUGGCUGUAGUGGCAUUCUCAUUUCCCCUCAGCAUGUUCUGACUGCCGCCCACUGUGUUCAUGAUGGAAGGGACUAUGUCAAAGGGAGUAAAAAGCUCAGGGUAGGGUUGUUGAAGAUGAGGAAUAAAGGUGGAGGUAAGAAACGUCGAGGUUCUAAGAGGAGCAGGAGAGAAGCUAGUGGUGACCGAAGGGAGAGUACCAGAGAGCAUCUGCAGGAGAGAGCCAAGGGUGGGAGACGAAGAAAACAGUCUGGCCGGGGUCAGAGGGCUUCCGAAGGGAGACCUUCCUUCCAGUGGACCCGGGUCAAGAAUACCCACAUUCCAAAAGGCUGGGCACGAGGCGGCUCGGGAGACGCUGCCUUGGACUAUGACUAUGCUCUUCUGGAGCUGAAGCGAGCUCACAAAAAGAAAUACAUGGAACUCGGAAUCAGCCCAACCAUCAAGAAAAUGCCUGGUGGAAUGAUCCACUUCUCAGGAUUUGAUAGCGACAGGGCCGACCAGUUGGUCUAUCGGUUUUGCAGUGUGUCCGACGAAUCCAGUGAUCUCCUCUACCAAUACUGCGAUGCUGAGUCGGGCUCCACCGGUUCUGGGGUUUAUCUGCGUCUGAAAGAUCCAGACAAAAAGAAUUGGAAGCGCAAAAUCAUUGCCGUCUACUCAGGCCACCAGUGGGUGGAUGUCCACGGGGUUCAGAAGGACUACAACGUUGCUGUUCGCAUCACUCCACUCAAAUAUGCCCAGAUUUGCCUCUGGAUUCACGGGAACGACGCCAAUUGUGCUUACGGCUGACAGAGACCUGAAACAGGGCGGUGUAUUGUCUAAAUUACAGAGAAAACCAGCUCUGAUUAUUGUAGUGAGAGCACUUCAUAGGUUAUGUCCGGACUUGAACCCUGUCAAUAGCAUUUCAACAUUUUUCAAAACCAGGAGAUUUUCAUCCAUUUAAAAAAAUGUAUAG